AUUAUUCGCAGAUAACUACUGGCAAACCCUGACUCGGGCACUUGACUCCGCAUAUAAGCGCCGUUAAUGAGUGAGAAUCGGCAAUCCACCUCACUUCCGUGAUCAUGGCGACCCUCCGGUCGUUCCAGCAGGACAUAGACGAUAUACACAAUCGUGAGGUCGCGAAACAGCGCGCACAGGCCACGGCGGCCCAGGUUCAAAUCACCAAGGACAGCAAGAAGCCGCGAAUAGAGAAGGAGAAGCCGCGAACAGAGAAGGAGAAGGCCGGAGUGAAGAGCGAUGAUAGCACGGCCGAUGCUUGGGGAAAGAAGGCCGAGGGGUUUGACCUUCAGUCCGGUGUGGAGGAAGAAAUUGUGACAUUAUUGACGUCUGGCGUCCCUACGAACCACGACCGGGCGAAGGACAUGCUGUCCGCGCUGCUAACCCAGCACCGCGGGGAGUAUGUCUUCCGAUUAGGGGCUCAGCCUCCACAUGCGCGAUUAUUCGCUGGCGAAUCAUUAAACGGAGACGACUGGACAGGCGUAGCAAGAACGCCCGACGAGCUUGCGCGUUUACGAGCUGCGAUAGUUACGGCUACGGAGGAGGUUGGAGGAAAGGUUUCUAUUCUAUUUGAGAGCGGAGACGGUCCCCGGAUAACGCUGUUAUUACGAUUACCUCCUCCCAACGUAUCUUUAACGCCGGAGGUCCGUUGCGCAGUAGUAGGCAACGUGGACAGUGGAAAGUCAACGACAUUAGGUGUUCUCACCCGAGGCGCGCUGGAUGACGGAAGGGGCCGAGCGCGAGUGGCGCUUUUCCGGCACAAGCAUGAAGUUGAGACAGGUCGGACGUCCAGCGUUGGCAUGGAGAUUCUGGGGUUCGCGCCUUCAGGCGCGCCGAUCCUUCCCAACAGUGGAGCUCCUCUCGAUCCCGAGACCAUCAAGCACGAGAAGCUCAGCUGGGACGCGAUAGCAGAGCAAGCCGCGAAGAUCGUUUCCUUCAUCGAUUUGGCCGGACACGAGCGAUACCUCAAGACUACGCUUUACGGUCUGACCUCAGGCGCUCCAUCAUGCGUCAUGCUCAUCGUCGGUGCCAACGCCGGUCUUAUCGGCAUGUCUAAGGAGCACCUCGCCAUCUCGCUCGCGCUGAACGUGCCAGUCGUCGUAUGCAUCACUAAGAUUGAUAUGACCCCGCCGAAAAUUCUGGCCGAAACUGUCGAGCGAGUCGUCAAGAUUCUGAAGAGUCCUGGGUGUCGGAAAACCCCUGUGUUCGUCAAGAACAUGGAGACGGCUGUUGAAGUAUCGCAGACUUUCGCGAAGGAGAGGUUAUGUCCGAUAUUCCAGGUAUCGAACGUGACUGGAGCGGGACUUGACUAUGUCCGCACCUUCUUGAACCUCCUGCCCUCCAGCGAGGGCGAUGAUGAGAAAUUUGUCGCUGAGCAGCCGCUUGAAUACUCCAUCACCGAGGUUUGGUCCGUCCCCUACGUCGGCACUGUCGUGAACGGGAUCAUCAACAGUGGGGUGAUCAAGACUGGCGACAACGUCUGGUACGGGCCCGAUGCGAAUGGAAAUUGGCAGUCCACGGCCAUCAAGAGCAUGCAGCGCAAACGGGCAACUGUGACGAGCGCCGAGGCAGGCCAAAGCGUUUCCUGCGCCCUGAAGCGUGUACGCAAGGCGGCGGUGAGGAAGGGGAUGGUCCUCGUCCACAAGGGCGAGACGCCUCCCAAAGCGGUGCGCGAGUUCGAGGGUCAGGUCCUAAUUCUGUACCACAACACGACGAUGCAGAAGAACUAUCAGGCCAUGCUUCACUGCGGGGCUGUUCGGCAGACAGUCCGCAUUGUGUCCAUUAACCAUCCCGGAGGCCUACUGCGCACUGGCGACAGGGCGACGGUAACCUUCCAGUUCAUCUCUCAUCCCGAGUUUGUCAAGGAGGGAAUGAAGCUCCUUUUCCGCGAAGGGAAGACCAAGGGUCUUGGAGUUAUCACCCGCAUAUUGUGACCACUGUAUCGGAACGGCAUGGUUCUGGUUAUAUGUUGUAUGUACAUGAUUUGUAUUCCUUUGCUGUCCCUUUUCUUUCUUUGUAGCAUAGGACAGUCGUCAAUGCACUCAUGUCAGCAUCGCACUGCAUGGUGCCGGGAAGGGCUCCGGAACGUCUGCGAUCGCUAGAUACUGGAUAUAUUGACUAGUUAUCC